AAUAACCAAAACUGAGAUAACUUAUUUGAUUAGACCUUUGAUUGUAUAGCUCUGAUUCUCGUUAUGCUACAGAGAAAAAGUCAAAGAAUAUAUUAGAUAAUUUUUCCAAAUGGUAAUUAUAUUAUCACAUGAUAUAUGUAACAAACUAGCUGUCUCAAUAGUGGAAGAAAGGAGGGGAAAGGAAGAAUGGAUUGCUACUGUCCUGUACAGCCCAUGUCUAGUCACAACUGGCUGUAAUCCAUCAUUAAUCUUCUCACUCACUGUCAAGCCUCCCCUUGCGUGUGUAUCUUGCCAGACGCGCUCCACUUGGCUGGGCCAGUUGGAAGCUGGUGGUGGUGCAGUGAAGGGGGUCCUAUAUUUAGAGCAUCAGAAAAUGAUGCUGAAAAUGGAAGGUGUUUGAAUAUUGGAUUGUACUGAUUGAAAUAAUUUUGCUAACAUUGCUGGGCAAGUGAUAACUGAAACACCUUAAUGAAUGUGAGCCAAGCAGUACACAAGAAAAUGUUUAUUACUUAUUAUCUCAGUGAUUUUUUUCUCUGUGACAUCUCAGAAGACUGUUUUUAGAAAAUACUGUGCUACUUACAUUAGACUCCUUAAAUAUAAAACUACACCAGAGUAAUGGAGUCUGAAGCAGUGGAAAUUUCAACCUCGGAUUAUGAUUCCAUGAACUUGAGUAUGACUUCUGUGUGGUCUGAUGCAGCAAGUGAGAGGAGCCAAGAGACAGGAAAUGGCGAGACACUAUGGAGUGCUGGGCCUGCCAUCAAUGGCCACUCUCUUUCCCCUUCUGCCCACCACAAUGGAUAUCUGAAAGCUCCCAGCCCAGCCCCAUCAUGCGGCUCUACCAAAAGUUUUGGCUCAGGACCUCGCAGGAGUAAUUCUAGAAGAGAAAUCCGCAUGCAUGAAGGGUAUGCACUUCCUCUUGAUGAACUGCGUUUGGCUUCCAUGCAGGGUAACCUCCCUGUGAUGAAGUCUCUGUUCAAACAAGGUAUUGCAGUAGACCAGGUGCUGAAGGGAGGGUGGACCUGUCUUUUGUUUGCCUGCUCUUCUGGCCGUCCUCAAGUGGUGGAGUAUCUUCUCCAGCAAGGAGCUGACCCUAACAUGCACAAAGAGCUCUUCACACCCCUCAUGGCAGCAUGUGCAUCCAGCAGAGAAUCAGAAGAAGAGCUGCUGGAGUGUGUGGAUCUGCUGCUUAAUUACGGAGCUAAAGUGGAUGUUGCUGAGCGUCACCGCAUGACUCCCUUGAUGUUUGCCAGCAAGGAAGGACGCAUUUCUGUUGUACAGCGCCUCAUCAAUGCUAAAGUUGAUAUAAACAAACAAGACAACAGAGGGUGGAGUGCACUUAGCUGGGCAGCCACUAGAGGUCAUGGACGGGUGGUGAGGGUAUUGCUGCAGAACUCAGCAGACCCCACAAGAAUGAACAAUCAUGGCCAGCGACCAGCUGAUAUUGCUUUUGCUGCUGGAUUUCCUGAAAUAGCAGACAUCUUAGAGCGUUAUACUGCCCAAUGGCCAAAUGCAAGUGUUGAUAUGACAAGCCUGGCUGGUGCAAGCAAGACCACAGCCACACCCCGACCCUCAGCACUUAGCAAGAUGGCUGAAACCUUUGGGGAGCUGGAGAUGGUACUGACCGGCCUCAAUCUUCCCCACAUGAUUCCCAUCUUUGAGCAGCACCAGGUGACAUUUGAGAUCUUUCUUCGGCUGACAGAAAAAGACCUUGAGAACAUGAAUAUAACAGCUGUUGGAGAGCGUAAGACUAUUCUUCAUGCCAUAAAGGAUAUAAAUAAGAAGGAAUGGCAAACAUCAAGCCUUCCUAAUGUAGCCCUCAAUACACAGAUGACACUUCCAGAGUGUGCGGCUAUCAUGGGCAACAUCAACAAACACAUCCGCUACAUGCAUGCCACUUUGGGUUACCUGAGGGACCAGCUGCAGGCUGACCCAAAAAUUCUGCAGCUAGGUCAGGAAAUCCACACAGUGUCCAGCCUUGCUUCUCAGUGUGGCGAUGCCCUCAAACACCUGAGAGGCUUCAGUGAAGAAGUGAAGUUCCUGAAAUGCCAUUUAGAUAAGGUAUCUGGAGAUGCUGAACAUACCCCAGCUGACUUGAUUGUGGAGUGUGCCAGAAGUGGGCGAACAUGGCAGCGGCGCCUGCUGGCCUCCCUGGCCACCACAACAGCCCUGGCCACUGUCAUCUGGUAUUCCCAGCCUCGUUUCUUUGCUCGAAUAUUUAAUCUUUCUUCACUGCACAACACAGUCACUCUUGAUGUUUAGUCUUCACGGCUUGUUGUUGUGCUGCUGUGUACUGGUAGUUGAAUCUGGAAUCUAUGUGAUAGUGAGAGGCCUUAAAAUAAAGAUGAAUGAUGUGAUUAUAGGAAAGAAGAUUCAGCAACCUGAAAUAAUUUUGUAUAUAUCAAUGUGAAAUCUAUGCAAUGAACUUUGCAUUUAAGUAUUAUAAAACUUGUUGAUUUACAUGUAUGGAUUACUUUAUUUAUUGCUAUUAUUCAUAUGUUUAGUUCAUAUAGAUUUAUAUGUAUGGUAGUCUUUUUUUUCUCUAGUUUAUAUCAGAAGAUGCUCUUUAUUUUUAUAAAUGGUAUGUCAUUUUCCUCUUUCAUCCGGUAGAUCCCUUUAAUUUUUCUGUGAAAAGCAAUUCAUAAUUGAUUGCCUUUAAGUGUGAUAGUCAUAUACUUCCUAUGUACUUCCUAUGUUCAAAAGUAGAGUUCCUACACGGUAGUGUAUAGUUCCUAUACUAUUUUGUGAAGAUUUAUUAGAUCUAAGAAAAGCAGCUCAUACUGCAGAAUGCAGAAUCUUGUGCAGUCCAGUCAAUUUCCUGCACAUUAACAUAUUGUAAUGAAUGAGGAACUUCACUAUAUAUAUAUAUAUAUAUAUAUAUAUAUAUAUAUAUAUAUAUAUAUAUAUAUAUAUAUAUAUAUAUAUAUAUAUAUAUAUAUAUAUAUAUAUAUAUAUAUAUGUUGCCAAAAUUUCUUUCAGGUACAUUGUAAUGCCAGUCCGGCCAAUCAGGGAAUUCAAACAAAUUAUAUGUUUGUUACAAAACAAUAUCUAUUCUUUCCAUUGCCAUCACUUCAUGAUUACCAAGUUUGCAAGCUGCUAAAAUACAAUUAAAAUUAUGUACAUCAAAUAUCAAUAAAAAUGAUAACAUUAAUUUAGUGAUGAUGAUGUAUAACAGGGAUCAGUUGUUAAUUUAUACAUGAAAACACAUAUUUUUCUCAUCUUACAUCAAAUGAGAAAUUACAACUAGGUAAAAUGGAAUGAUUAAAAAAAAAAAAAAAAAAAAAAAAAAAAAAA